AUGUCAAACUCCAGCAAUCAUAAUAUUGCCACGUUAAAGAACAAGAAAAAGCUCUUCUUGGGCCUCUUUGCAUCUAUCAUGCUAGUAACUGCCAUUGUUAGCAUUGUUGCUGCUGUAACCUCAAGUAAGAGCCCCACCAACAGCAACAAUGACCACCAAGUAGCUCAUGCCAUCAUCAAAUCCUCAUGCAGUAGUACAUCGUACUCUGACCUCUGCUUCUCAGCAAUAUCAGCUGUACCAGAUGCCACAAGCAAGAUAAAGAGCACAAAGGAUGUAAUAGAUCUGUUUUCGAAUCUAACCACGUCCGCUGCCCAACAUAGCUACUUCAAAAUUCACAAACUCACUUCUGCUCGGAGGAGCUUCACGGAGCGCGAAACUACUGGCCUCCAUGAUUGUCUAGUAAUGUUAAACGAAACUCUAUACCAGCUCUCCAAGGUUUAUCAGGAACUCCAAGACUAUCCAUCUUUAAACAAGUCCUUAUCAGCACAUGCUGAUGACCUCAAGAUUCUACUCAGUGCUGCAAUAACCAACCAGGAAACUUGCUUCGACGGUUUCUCUCAUGAUAAAGCUGAUAAAAAGGUUCAAAUUAUUAUGUUAUAG